ACACGCGCGGGGCCGCCCGCAGAGAGCAGAAAAAAAAAGGUUCAGGCAGAACGCCGGCGCCGUGAGGGGGUCGCCAACGCUCCCACGGUCACUUGGCUGACGUGAGCCACUGGGGCGCGCACUGGGACGCGCACGGCGCCUCGUUCCAGCGUGCGCUGCGCUUCCUCCGAGCUCGUCGCGCGUGGUCCCCGCGGCUCGCAGCACCGGGUCCGCUGACGCUCGUGGCUGAAGGCGAAGAGGGCAGAAACCGCGUUCCAGCCGCCAAACACCCCUGUCUCCGCACGAUGAGCCCCGAGCCGGCGCCUCCGGAGCCUCAGGGCGUGCGCAGCAGCCUUGAGGAACCCUCGGCCGAGCCCCUGGGGCAGGGCUCCGCGGCCUUCCUCGCGGGCGAUUACGAGGUGGCGGCCGAGCUCUUUCGCUCGCUGCUGGCCGGCCUGGCGCAGCCAGAGCGCGGCCUGUGCUUGCAGCUGGGAGAAGCUCUGGCCCGCGCAGGCCGCCUGCCCGAGGCCAUCGGCGCGUUCCGCGGCGCCGCGCUGCUCGGCCCGCUGCAGCCCGGAGAGCUGUCCGAGCUGGCGAGCGGCCUGGCGCGCGCCCUGGGCCUGCGCGAGAAACGGCCGCCUGUGGCGGCGAGGCCCGGAGGCUGUGCGUCCGGGACCUCGGGGCCUGUGGCGCCGCGCGACCUGCUGGGCUGUCCGCGCUGUGGGCGGCUGCUCUACAAGCCGGUGACGCUGUCCAGCGGGCUCACGGUGUGCAAGCGCUGCGUAGAGCAGGUGCCGGUGCGGGCGCAGGCCCGGCGCGUGAACGUGGUGCUGAGCGGGCUGCUGGAGAGGUGCUUCCCCGCCGAGUGUCGCCUGCGCAGGCUGGCGUGCCAGGCGCGGGGACUACAGCGCCAGCAGCAGCCCGAGGCCGCGCUGCUCAGGUGCCAGCAGGCCCUGGAUAUGGCCCCUGAUGACAGUUCAUUAUUGCUGCUGCGAGCUGAGUUAUAUUUAACCAUGAAGAACUAUGAGCAAGCCCUGCAGGACGCUGAUACAGUUUGUCAGAGGGAACCUCUCCUGACCAAGGGGCACCACAUAAAAGCCCAGAUUCUUUCUGGAUUGGGAAGAAAUAAAGAAGUGUUAAAGGAAUUUAUCUACUGCCUUGCUUUAAAUCCUGAGUGCAACUCGGCGAAGAAGGAAACGCAGAAGGUAAUAUGUGAGGUGUUCUUUUCAGCUUCAGAAAAUGAGCAACAGAACUCAGCACCUUCCACCCAAACUGGACCGAAGGCCCUUUGUGAUGGCCAGAUGAGCCCACAGAAUCCUCUGGAAGAAGCAGGCGGUCACGCUAAUGCAGACAGUCCUAAGACUCCAUCUGAGAAGCCCGAUGUACCAGAGAACACCAACUCCUCGGUUUUGUAUUUUAUUCUGGGCCUCCACUGUGAAGAGGAUAAGAAGGCGCUGGAAGGCGUCAUCCCAGCUGCACCAAGCGGCACCUUGAAAAGGCAGCUUCCCAGCGAUGCAGAAGACAAGGAGCUUGAUGUGAAUACCCCUGAGAAGAUUCCCAAAAAAGAUGCAGAUUCCUCACCUCAGAGGAAUGCGAACUCUUUAGAAGAAGAGCCAGAGUUCACAAUUGAUGCGACUGACUUUGAGUGUGCACUGUGCAUGAGGUUGCUCUUUGAACCUGUCACUACGCCCUGUGGACAUACGUUUUGCCUCAAAUGCCUUGAGCGCUGCCUGGACCAUGCCCCUCACUGUCCACUGUGCAAAGACAAGCUUUCAGAGCUGUUGGCAACCAGGAAUUUCAAUGUGACCGUUCUGACUGAAGAGCUGAUAUUCCGGUACUUACCAGACGAGCUGUCUGACAGGAAGAGGGUCUAUGAUGAAGAGAUGUCAGAACUGUCCCAUCUGACCAGAGACGUGCCCAUCUUCGUGUGUGCUAUGGCCUUCCCCACGGUUCCCUGCCCUCUCCAUGUGUUCGAGCCCCGCUACCGGCUCAUGAUAAGGAGAUGCAUGGAAACUGGCACCAAGCGAUUUGGCAUGUGUUUAUCCGCGGAGAACGCAGGGAUUUCAGAGUAUGGCUGCAUGCUGGAGAUAAAGGACGUGAGGACUUUUCCUGAUGGGAGCUCUGUCGUGGAUGCAGUUGGGAUUAGCCGCUUCAGGGUCCUAAGCCACCGCCACCGAGAUGGCUACAACACCGCGGACAUCGAGUACCUGGAGGACGAGAAGGUGGAAGGCGCAGAGUUUGAAGAACUUACCGCCCUCCACGAGUCCGUUUACCAGCAAUCUGUUUCCUGGUUCGCUUCACUCCAGGAUCACAUGAAGAAACAAAUUCUAAGUCAUUUUGGCUCCAUGCCGGAUAGGGAGCCGGAGCCACAGAGCAAUUCUAGUGGCCCUGCCUGGUCCUGGUGGAUUCUGGCCGUGUUGCCCUUGGAGCGUAAGGCUCAGCUGGCCAUUCUCGGCAUGGGCUCCUUGAAAGAGCGUCUUCUUGCCAUUCGUCGGAUACUAGUCAUCAUCACACGCAAGCUGAACAGUCGCCAAGAGAUGGCUAACAACGCACAGAGAGAUAAUUGAUCUUCCUCUCUCUUAAGGUUGCCGGAAGCCCCUGUGUUUUUGAGUUCCAGACACUGACAAAUACCCAUCCCCUUCGGUGUGCUUCAUAAAAUCUUGUCGAUGUGGUGGUAAGUGGGACAUUUGCCAAAUACCGUUUUUCUCACACAUACGUCUACCUGCUGGACUCCGAUCCUGUGCAAGAAUCACCUGAGGUUCAAGUGGAAGGUACAGGCGAGAAAUCCUUGAGAGAGUCUCUUCAAAGCAGAUGCUUCGAGACUAAAGCUCACUGCCAGCAAGUGACACACGCACGGUUGACAUGUGACUUUGGUGUCGAAGGUGAUUAUAUUCCUAGCCUGUAUCUUGACAUGAUUGGUGGAAAAUGUGUGUGCCAGUAGCUAGACAGUGAGUGGGAACCACGGACAUAUUAGGAUAUAAGCAAGUCAAAACUGGACUUGGCUUCUGUGUGUCGCUGUGAACUUGCUUGCAAAAUCAAUGAACUGAACACUAUCCAGCCCUUACUGAAGAAGUAGUAAUUACUGGGCAGAGCCGUGUUUGUGUUUCGUGUCCUGCCGUAACCCCAGGUGUUGUAAAUUGCAUGUUGUAAUUGAAUGAAUGUGAAACUACAAGAAGACGUACCUUGCAUAUAGAAGAGUCUGAGAACCGCAGUAUUUUGAGAGUAUAUAUUCAUAAGCACCCCAGAAGGGUAGUCAAAAGAGAGUUAGAGCUGUGUGUGCACUGGGGUGUCAAACAUACAGCCAAAUGUAUUCUAAACAAAGUGUUAUCUCUGUUCAACUGGGAAUUUCCCAUCAGAUAACGCUAGGUGUGACUCCCGACCUCCAGUGCAUGUUGGGAAUAUAUAUCACUUGAAUAACACAGACAUUCUGAGCAGCUGGCGCAGACAGCCUGCUGCUGCUUAGUCUGUAAGAUAACACCCGACAGACAAGACCCUGCUGAGCAAAUCUCAGCGGGGCGUUCUGCUGUCUCCCUUCAAGGUGUGUGGGUUUAAUUUAAAUGUAUAUUUUAUGAUACGAAGUGUUGAUGGUUUAUCAACCCAUCAAGCACUUUAUUAGAAAGUCGUACGAUCACAGUGAUGUUGUAUUUUAUUGUUCUUUUCAGCUAGUGAAUCUCAGCUUCGCCAUAGGACUUAGAAUAAAACACCCAUCUCAUUUCAGAGGGGCUAAAAGCCCUUCGAGCAAGCCUUUCCACCACGCAUUAAGAGUUCAACUCUAGGGGUUGGGGAUUUAGCUCAGCGGUAGAGCGCUUGCCUAGGGAGCACAAGGCCCUGGGUUCGGUCCCCAGCUCCGAAAAAAAGAAAAAAGAAAAAGAAAAAAAAAAGAGAGUUCAACUCUAUUUGGCAUUUAUGACAUCAUCUGACCGCUUAAAACAUGGCUGUCACUCUUGUACAGAAGUCCUUGACUAGAACAUGCUCGUGAAAACUAACAGGUUUUGAUUUGUUCUCUUUUGGAAAGAAAGAGAGCAGGAGUUGGUGUUGUUACACUGUUUCUGUUUGGAAGUGUCUAUCCAGUGUGAUCAUAGCUUCUCCAGGACUCUGCUGGGAGUUCAGCGUCUGUGCUGAGUUAGUGUUAGGAAGGUUUUGCUUCUGCCUGCUGGCGUGUUAGCUUUUAUAACUUACUGAGUUCAGAGUCGUUAUGCUGUCCUCCCUGGUUCUGUCUGCCUCUUUAGUCUUCCCAUCCUCAAUGUCCUUACGUAAAAGCCCCUGUAACAGCAAUGCAAAGGAGAACAAUGGAAGUUUUGGGGAUUCAGUACCAAAGAGAAUGGUGUGACUGCCGCGUGCUCUGUGUCACAUCUCACUGUGCAGUAACAGACCAGAUCUCAUUGGGUACUUUUAGGGGAGUCUGGUUAUCGGAAGAUUUCAGUAGCACAAGAGCGCCACCAUUGCCCCCAACCAAGGUGGGGACGUUCUCUCCAAACUGUGCCUGGGUGUUGAUUUAUAAACAGCAGUGUGGACAACGAGUGCUAGUGAGAGAGAAGGUUACUGUUCCAGGUCCUCUACAAACAAGAGGCUCGUCGCCCAGGCUCUGUGAGAAGCAGUUGUGUCAGGCAGGAGUGUGGGUGAUUCUCAGGUUCCAUCGUACGGGCUUCAGUUUUAACAAGGAUGGAUUGUGAGAGCAUCAGGCAGCAGAAGAGACCUGGACUAGCCCACCAAGCCCUUUCUUGAUAGAGGUCAUACUAGAUGCACAAAACCCUGUUUCCAGAAUUACAGACAACUCCAGAGCUUCUGUGCGAGCCUCCGGUGUGUGAGCCUCGGUGCAAAAAGCCUUCCAAUCCCUUUGUACCCCUAAAACAAACUGGAGAAAGCUCUUUGGCCUGAGCCAACAAAGAAUUUAGAGUUCCUUUCUCCAGGCCUCCCACUGGGUUGCAGCAGCUCCUUCUGAACUAGAGACACACACUCCAGGAGAAAAAGAAACUCUGUAAGUCAGCAGACCAGAUCAACAGACCCCAUGCUGGGCUCAGGCAGUCACACCCCACCUUUCCCAACAAUGGGGAUGAGUAGCAGAAUUUGGUCCAUUAGUUUGUAUGGAGAUUAAAAAGAGACAAAGGGUUUCCAAAGAUGCUCUGUUUGACUGGAAUGCAGUAGACAGGGUUUCCACAGACUGUAGAUCGUACAAGAAAAGCCCAUUCCCUGACCCUGACACAGAAGAAGCCCCUACCAGGUUGACAGUAACCUGUGUGGCUGCUCCUGCUUCUAAUGAGGACAUCCCUUGACCAAGUGCACAGUGCACAGUGGCCCUCCGUCCUCCAUUCACUCACUGCCUAAAACCUCCUGUUUCCUGAUGGUUACACCUAGUAUAAUUUGGAAGUUGACUAGCCGGUGUUGAUGACAAGGUCAGCUUCAUCUGGCCCAAAGCUGCACAAUCCUGCUUCCGAGGCCAAGGUUCAUAGUGAGUUCCUACAAGAGCAGGGCUGUUAAAGAAAUUGAUCCUGCCACAUUCCACAAAAUCCAAAAGGAUGCUAGUCUUUUGUUAUAGGCCAGAGAAAACUCAUAGUUUUUAGUACUCUGGUGAGACAGGGGUUCCUUCAGCCAUCACGCAGCCCCCCCAUUGGUGUUUUCAACCCUUCAACACUGAUGGUUUUCCAUCAGAACCUAUUGACGCUCUUUAAAUUACUCUGUGUGGUAAACUGAGUCAUUUCCAGAGCCCUCUUCAGUGGGAGAGCAUGGAGAGCAUAGCAAACAGGCCAGCUGCACCCUGGUGUCACAGAGCAGCCAGUGCCUGAGAAGACAAGACCCAGCUGUAGUAGACCUCUGCGCCACGGUCCAGGUGUGCUGGUGGCUCUUCCAAGUACAGGCAAAAGUGUGAUGACUUUCUCUGUGUGGACGGUUAAAUGAGUAAUGCACGCCCCCCUUACCCCCGUGCCCCAGACUCUAGUAUUUGAACAUUUGAUCUGUACUUUGUGUGACUCUUUGGCUGAUGUUAUGAAGCCUUUAGGAGGUGCACCCUUGCUGGAGGAUGCGUGUCACUGGGGGUGGACUUGGAGAGUUUAUAGCCUUGCCCCACUUGUAGGGUGCUCUCUGGGUUUCGAGUUGGCUGUUGAAGAUGUGGCCUCUUAGCUUCCGGUUCUGUCUACUUGUUGCCACGACUCCCAUACCAUAGGGACACCCCACACCCCCUCUAGAACCGUAAGCUUAAAUAAACCCUUUCUCCUGGAAGCUGCCUUGGUCAUGGCGCUUAUCAGAGCACCAAGAAAGUAAGCAGUGCGUUCUCACAUCUGGAACAUGAAGGAAAGCUGGACGGAGAUUGAGUGCCACGAGCCGUUUUGAAACCCUUGGUACUUUUGACAGCAGGGCCUUAGCGUUUGAGACUACAGGAAAGCUAACUACCAUGGUACUCUUAAUUAGUCACAGGCCCCCAUUUGGUUCUCUGCUAGCCAGGCACAGAUGUCACGGGUAGUGUCACACACAGUCAGAAGUCACUGUUGAGCCUACUAAAAUGGAGUCCCUUACUUUCCCUAGGGAGUUCAGUCUGUCUGGACUUCUGCAGACUGUCACUUUCUUUCUGGGCCUCUUAAGCCCCAAGAACACAUCAGUUAGGCAGUAGAGACAUGAGCCCCACCUGUACCCACCCCUGCUUCCCCGGAUCCGGGUAUCACCUUCUGGAUAAAAACGCUUUGGCUUGAAGAGUAAGUAAGCUUUGCCCUCACAGGUUCUCUGACAGAGCAUCACACUGUCAGGGUAUCUUCUUGUGAACUUGGCUCCAAUGUCAGCAGACUUGAGUCAGAUAUGGAGCCAAUUGUAAGGGUCCAUGAUUGGUCAAAGGAGGAUACCCCGGACUCAAAUAAUACGCAAGAACAAAGAGUGUCUUAUUCUGCAGAAAUCCUGCAUGUGAGGGGUCCGCCAUUUACCAAGAUAGAGCCGCCCAGGUAAGCUUGCAGGCCCAAUUCAAAGGACAUUAGGGGAAUUCCAGGGAGGGGUAGGUGACCUUUAUCUUGAUUGGUUUCUGUCAAUAUCUUGGGACGUUCCAGAACCAUCGUUGGAAACUGUUGCUAACUGUUUUUUCCUCGGGCCAGGUGGCAGGGCAUCUUUUGAUGGUGGGGGUGGCUUUUAAUUGGCUGCCCUCCGACUGUGUUUGUUUUUCCCUAGUAACUGACGUGUGUAGACUUACCCAGUUCUGGGAAACAGAAAUGUAGGCCUAGUCUCCUGAACGCCUAGUUUGAAGCCUGUCAUGGAGUCAGCUUGUCUCACUGUGACUUGACUCCUCCACCCUAAAAGUCACCUUUUAUACUCCGGGGACAUACUGACUGAUUUAGAGUUGUGUUGAAUCCGGUACCCGCCAGCAUGGAAUGGGAUAGUACGCUGGCUAGUUUUAUAUCGACUUGGCACAAGCUAGAGUCAUCUGAAAGAAGAGAACCUCAGUUGAGAAAAUGGCUUCGUAAGAUUUGGCUGUAGAGCAUUUUCUUCAUUAGUGAUUGAUGGGGGAGGGCCAGCCCAUUGUGGGUGGGGCUAGAACAUUGUGGGUGGGGCCAGACCAUUGUAGGUGGGGCCAGACCAUUGUGGGUGGGGCCAGCCCAUUGUGGGUGAUGCCGUCCCUGGGCUGGUGGUCCUGGGUUCUAUAAGAAAGCAGGCUGAGCAAGCCAGGGGAAGCACCCCUCCACAGUGUCUGCAUCAGCUCCAGCCUCAUAUAUUUUCCUCCUAUUUACUCAAGUACUAAAACUUGUGCAGGAAAACCUAACAGAUCCCCGUUAAUGUUGAUCACUUUUUCAUGUAGGCUGUGUGUAGGGAGAAAACAUUCCAGUCAAAGAGAAGAGGAUGACUGGCUGGUUGACAUAAAGGGGGGAAGGUGUCUGAGUGCAGCAAAGGCAGACACCCAUACAGAGGCAGAGAAUCCCUCAGUCACCUGUGACUUACUUAUUUGCUUUUCUAAAGAUUAUUUUUAAUUUUUCAGCUUUGGUUUAAAUAAGAACAGAAAAGUUAGGCAGUGGUGACACAUGUCUUUAAUCCCAGCACUUGAGAGGCAAAGGCUGGAUUUGUCGGAUCUCUGUAAGUUUGAGGCCAGCCUGGUCUAUAGAGUGAGUUUUAGGACAGCCAGGACUGUUACACAUGGAGAUCCUGUCUCAGAAACAAAACAAAACAAACAGCAACAAAAACCAGGAAAGGCAGUCUGACUUGGGACCAACCCUGUCAUUGUAGCUGAGAAAAUGUAGGCUUGAGUCCUCUGAAGAAACUACCACCAAGCUCAGCCUUCUGUUUCGAACUCGGCUGCUGAUUCAGGACCAGGGCCAUUGACGAGUAAAGCAGCUGAUGCCCUUUCAGUCUUUGCAAGAAAUGCCCUUGAGUCAUUCCUACUUCCAAAUGCUCUGCUGUGUUUGAGUGAUGGAUUGGCCAGUUUUCUCAGGAAAGCUUCAGGGGAUAAGUUUCAAAGGUGUUUGGUGAUUUCCCCAGUCCCCGUGGCCCUCUCUUGGAGAGGUUCUGGUGAAAUGAUUUUUAAUGUUCUUGGAAUCUUUUUCGUUUCUGUCAUCCACACUCGGGCGUUGUCAGGCCUCAGAGUCAGAAUAUGAAGUUUGCAGCUCUGGGUCUUCAUUCUUUGCUUUCUUCCGCUUCGGCUGGGCUCUCCAUUGCAGACAGCACUGUUUUAGCAAUAGAGCUUCCACCCUGUAAAGCUUGAUCCUUGACCAGCCUUCCUUCCUUACAGCGUAUACCACGACACGCUACUGUCCAUUGAGCUUCGGGAAAAGUGGCUAAUAGGUAGGUUGCAAAGCUGUGUAUCCAUGCCUCAAUUGCUUACAUACUUACUACCCGGUGUUAGCAACUGACUUAGUACCCGUGAAAUGAUUGUUACCAGUUGAGAAUUGUGCAUAUUCUUUUCUUUAUUUAGAACAGGUUUGAACAAGUAAAGUCUGUAUCAAUUAACAUUAUGUUUCUUGCCUCUUCAGAGGUCAGUAGUGAUAUGGAAUAUUCACCCAGCUUCGCUUCUGUUUCCCCGUCCUUAAGAUGGGGGCAACGAUGCAAGUUUGUUGUGUCUUACAGGAGACGGCUUUUAAAUGUUGCAAGUGUUUACUUCACUGUGUCCUUUCCCUGUCCAUUUCAGUUCAUUGAAAUUGUGUAUCUAAUGUGUGAUAUCUGGAUUCAAUAAAAACUUACAGUGUUGUAAA